AUGGCCGCCGAAUAUGCCACACCAAAGCGGCAAAAGAAGCGAUUGAUCGUUUGCUGUGAUGGCACCUGGAUGAAUAGCGACUACGGAUUCGCCAAAUCUGGUCUUUUCAGCAAAAAGGGCACUCUGCAAGUGCCUUCAAACGUCACUCGCAUUUCGCGAUGUUUCAAGCGCCGUUGCGCCGAUGGUACUCUGCAAAUUAUUUCUUACGAGUCGGGAGUCGGGAGUGGCAGCAACACUCUUGACAGUAUCACCGGCGGAGCAUUUGGAGCUGGUCUAGCAGAGCGUGUCCGCGAAGUGUACGCGUACCUUUGCGCCAACUACAUGGACGGCGAUGAGAUGUUCCUCGUGGGAUUCUCAAGAGGAGCAUUCACGGCGAGGUCCGUUUCUGGAAUGAUUGCGAAUUUAGGCUUGUUGACUAGGGAGGGCGUGGAACACUUCUAUCCGAUUUUCAAGGAUAUGCAAAAUUGGGAGGACGACGACUAUGAUGACCCGUUUCCAGACGUGCCGUUCAGAGACAAACCCAAGGGUCCUCAUGCUGAUGUCGAAUAUCGAGCGCGACUGGAAAAGAUGGGCUACACCAGAGUCUAUCAAAGUAACGGGGACCUCAUCAAGGUCAAGGGUGUGUGCGUGUGGGAUACUGUUGGUAGUCUGGGUAUUCCAAAAAUCCCUUGGCUGGAAAAGAUUGGUUGGCAUGACACGGCUCUAUCAGAUCGAAUAGAGCAUGCGUUCCAAGCACUGGCGCUUGAUGAGACUCGCGCGCCCUUCAGCCCUGCCGUCUGGGAACGCCCGCGGCGUGACAGACUGUGCACAGACUUACGGCAAGUCUGGUUUCCUGGAAAUCAUGGAAACUGUGGUGGUGGGUGGGAUGAUCAGGGCGUUGCUAAUUCCACCUUGGCGUGGAUGAUGGACCAAAUGACCAGUGUCGGCGUGGAGUUUGACACAAGAUCGCUGCAACGAGCUGUUGAGCAGACCUUCGACUUUUACGAGUCACCUGAAGCACAAAAUUUGAAGAAGGACCGUCGAAGAAUCAAGCAGUGGGCAGUAGAUCAAAUUUAUGAUAACAACAGGCCACUCAGACCUUGGGGCUUGGGGUCGAUCCAAAAAGCAGGCGGCUUUCUGUACGCAUUAUCCGGUGAGACGACAAGAACGCCGGGCAUGUACAAACAAGUCGAUCCAAAGACAGCUCAAUGCCGAGAAAAGUACUUGCAAGAUACAAACGAGAAGGUCCACAGCUCCGUUCGAGUACGACUGGCAUGCGAAGGGUUAGGCCUUAAUGACGAAUGCGUAUGGUCCUGUGAGGCUCUCAGAGACUGGAAGUUGAAGCGUGCCAUAUUCGAGUUGGAUGAAGAGCCGAAAUACCAGGCAUACAAACCAUAUGACCGUUAUCGGGACCGGCCGUCUCGUGAGGGCUGGAUUUGGAAAUAUGCUGGCAGUGAGAGGAAUGCGCCGAACCAACGGGUCAUGGCUGAAGAGCCGCUGGGGCCAUAUGAACGGUUUGUUUUGGAACUGUCGGGCGGGAAACCGAAUGUGUACGAUUAUGCCGAGAGAAGGGCGAACAAAAGCAAGAGGAGGAGUCGAUCUGAGCGAGCGAGGAAAGCUUUUAGACAAGGGGCGUCACAUACUUAUUAA